CCAGUAAUGGGAACGAUUACUUGAUCUAGCCAGUUUCUGUUGAAGAUCUGGGAAAACUUACAAAUUUUAAUGGCAAAAUUUGAUCUGUUUCCAUAAAACAACAACAGAAAAAAACAUAACCUGUUUUUGGUACCUGGAGCCAUCACGUCUGAUGAUGAAUAUUGUUUUAUUUUGGAAUUAAGUGUCUGUUCUUCAGGAACGAGAUGUAUCUUGCUCUUCUGGUGAUUUUCUUGCAGUGUUCAGAACUUUUCGCUCAGGAGAGAGUAUUUACUUUCAACACAGUUGAAAUCAAGGUUCAGCCAUCUGUCAAAGUAAAGAAUGGAGCUCCUAUGUCAAUUGUCUGCCAUGCUGAUAUUAGCAAAAGUACCGAUUUCCAGCUGAAGCAUAACUUUACAAUUUUUAAGGAUGGCAAGCUUGUGUUCAUGACUGUAUCAGACAAAGGAGAUGCACAAUAUGAAAUAUCUAUGGCUAGAUCUUCAGAUACAGGAGACUAUGAAUGUACUGUGGAAGCAGGCGGAAAGACAAAAUCUAGUAACUCCUUACAUGUUUGGGUAACAGGAAUGACCAAGCCAAUCCUGACUGCUGAGAAAAAAGAAGUUUUAGAGGGUGAAGUUGUGAAAUUACGUUGUGAGCUGCCAGAAGAAGUACCUCCUUUACAUUUCUUUUUCCGGAAGAUAAAGAUGAAUUCAACACCUAAAGAAAAACUUGUAUUUGAACCAUACAGAAAUUUUUCUGUAGUGGAGUUUUCUGUUGAAGAGGGAGAUAAUAUUUUACAAUUUGAUUGCUUUGGUAGGAGAAGUGUAAAACUUGAAUUUGAAAGCUCAGAACACAGCAACAAAACACUUGUUACAGUCAGAGAACCAUUUAUAAAGCCUACUCUGAAUGUCAAGCCGUCAAGUAAUAUUACAGAAGGAGACAGAAUACAGUUCGAAUGCUCAACUGUGGUAGCCCGUAUGCGUGACAUUGAAAUCAUACUCCAGAAAAACAAAACAAUACUGAACAGUGUACGAGAUGAGAAAGUUUUGAAAUACUCUGUAGUAGCUACUCUAGAGGACAGUGGUGAAUACCUGUGUAAGGUGGAGCAAGGGAGAGCUUCUAAAACCACCAAACUGAAUGUUGUUGUGUCAGAGUUAUUCCCCAAGCCAAUAUUGGCUGCUUCUAUGAGUAAGCUGGAUGAAAAUAAAGAAUUAACUUUGACUUGCAGCAUUAGUGGUUUUCGGAAAGCUAACUUCUCUAUAUUACGGAAAAAUUCAAAUGGAGACAUCUGGUUGAAAAAUUCGACAAACUUAACAAUGAGAGUUAAUGUGAAUGAUACUGGAUCCUAUAUCUGUAAAGCUGAAUUAAAAGGAAUAGUCAAGGAGAGCAAACCUGUAAGGAUAAAUGUUUAUGCUCCAGUCUCCAAGCCAACUCUUUCUGUUGUCGGUGGUUUACCAGAGGUGGUGUUAGGGAAGCCUCUACAGUUAAUCUGUCGUUCAGUGAUGGGAACACCGCCAAUAACAUUCACAUUCUACAAAGGAAAUGAAGUUAAGAAAAUAGUAAUUAAUGACACAUAUGCUACUUUCUUGGAUGAAAAUAUUAGACAAAAUGACAAAAGAGGAUACAAAUGUGAUGCUAGAAAUAACCACUCCAGUGGUAUAAAAACUAGCAAUAUUCUAAACAUCACAGUAAUAGUACCUAUCAAGAAUGCCAGCUUGGGCAGUAUUCCAUAUGGAGAAGUGGAAGAUGGCAGGGAAACUGCUUUUCUCUGCUCUGUGAAAGAAGGAUCUUGGCCAAUCCACUUCAGGAUUUUUAGAAAAACUGAUCGUGAAGUUCUUCUAUUUGAAAAAAGUGAAAAUGCAGACAGAGUCAUGUGGCGCAAGGAAGCAAUGAACAGGCAGGACACAGGGACAUAUUACUGCAUAGCUUCUAAUCGAGCUAAUGUGGAUGUGAAAAGCCGUCCAAUAACCAUCAGUGUCAUCUUAGCGGCGUGGCAGAAAGGAGUCAUUGCUGCAUUUGUCCUAAUACCUAUUGCAGGAGCAGUAACUCUCACUUUAUGGUGGUUUUUGUGUAAGAAGAAAAAGGCUAAAGGACCAUCCAUGGAGAUGUCUAGUUCUGCCUUGGCUACAAACUUGACAAGUGAAAAACUGACAAGACAGCACAAUGAUGGAGACUACUAUUCAGGAUCAGGUUACAUUGAAGAUAGUGAAAAUCACAUGAAAUCAACAGAUGAGAGUAAAGGACCUGACCUUGAGAGUGCUGAGGUGGAGUACACUGAAGUUGAAGUAUCAACGCUUGAUCCUCACAGAGCUCCUGUACAGAAGGGGACUGAAACAGUUUAUAGUGAAAUCAGAAAAGCUAAUAAUGAUUCUGUGGAAAACAGGCAUUCUAGAAUACAAGGGCAUCCUGAUGCUACUUAGAACAGUCAUCUCAAAGAUCAGCUGGGAGAAGAAAACAAGACAAGAU